CGGCGGGCGGGAGGGGCCCGCGCUGAGGAGGCGAGGCCGGACGCGCGGCUGUCGCCGGGACGAUGGCGGGGACGGCGCUCAAGAGGCUGAUGGCGGAGUACAAACGAAUAGUGCCACCGUUCGCUUAGUUGUUUGGCCAGGAACCCGGGAACAGCCUUGUUCUUCCUCUCUGCCUGCAGAACAGACCCCCCCGCUGGUACCCCAGUUCUCACUUACUACUCUGACUCAAGCCAGCUCCUUCCCCAUCUAGACUGUCGUGAACUAACGCUGAAUCCUCCAGAAGGAAUUGUGGCAGGCCCCAUGAAUGAAGAGAACUUUUUCGAGUGGGAGGCACUGAUCAUGGGCCCAGAAGACACCUGCUUUGAGUUCGGGGUCUUUCCGGCCAUCCUGAGCUUCCCGCUGGAUUACCCAUUAAGUCCCCCAAAGAUGAGAUUUACCUGCGAGAUGUUUCAUCCCAACAUCUACCCUGACGGCAGAGUCUGCAUUUCCAUCCUGCACGCCCCGGGCGACGACCCCAUGGGCUACGAGAGCAGCGCCGAGCGCUGGAGCCCCGUGCAGAGCGUGGAGAAGAUCCUGCUGUCGGUGGUGAGCAUGCUGGCAGAGCCCAACGAUGAGAGCGGAGCCAACGUGGAUGCUUCUAAGAUGUGGCGGGACGACCGGGAGCAGUUCUGCCGGGUGGCCAGGCAGCUGGCGCAGAAGUCCCUGGGGCUCUGAGGCCCGUCCUCACGCACGCACAGACACGGCGCCCAGCCGCGGCCCGGCUUUCUCUGCUGAACGCAUAGUGACAGUGACACUCUGUGCUGGUACCAAAAAAGGCAAGCUUGCAGAACCACAGCAUCUCUUGUUUUCCCUACCUUUCCCGCUCCAAACAGGCUUCUUUUCUGAAAUUAUGGUGUAUGUAGGACGAUGACAGCCAGAGGCAGUGUUACCGUGUUGCUGGCCUGGCACUUUGGGGAGAUGGUGACAGCUGUCCCCUCCCCCUCUCCCGGCCGGGGUGCACACACACAGGCUGUGGCUUCCCUUCUGUCGCAUCGGUGGGGGCGUGUGUGCCACACUGCUGGGGGCUAGAACCAGUAAUGUUCCUUUGAGGGAACGAGGCCUCGCAGCUCGAGCGGUGGCUGGCAGGAGGGCUCUGUGGGCCCGGCCGGGGACGUCACUUGGUUUCAGUGCUUCAUAGUACUUCCUGCCUGUUUCCUUAUAAUCUCGUUACAUCGUUUUUGUUUGUCGUGUGUUACAAACUAUCACACUUAGAGAUACUUUCAGGAAAUAAAACUUUUUAAAAACACA